GGAUAGCUCUCCAGGAACAGGGUUGGAGUUAAAACCUACAGGAGGGUAGCUCUCCAGGAACAGGGUUGGAGUGAAAACCUACAGGAGGGAAGCUCUCUAGGAACAUGGCUGGACAGCCCUGCUUUAGCCUAUAGACUAUGGAUCAUUUGAUUGACAUCACACUAAAUGGCUAAAUAGUCACUCUUGAUAUUGUGGUCCAGCAGAGAAUCAGAGAUGAGGGGUGGCAUCAGGCACACAUUGAUAUGUAGCCAAUCAGCAUUCAGGGCUCAAACCACCCAGUUUAUAAAGCCUAAUAAGCAAGUAAUUGUCAAACACUGAGAAAUAUUGACAUGUCACCAAAUACAAAUGGCCUGACCCUCUUAUGGACUAGAUUAAAACAAUACUCAACCCUCCCCUUGACUGACAUUGAAAAAGCACAACCCUCAUUUUCCUCCAGGGAACCAUUCUGUACAUUUAGAUAAUCUCUUAUUUGUGUCAUUUAAAGGGUGAACUUUCUGUCUAAUGUUUUGAAUUCAUGUUUUGUUGUCAAUGUUUAUCUACCUGAUCUGUUGAAAUGAGAUGAUUGAACAACAACAAAUAUAAUAUAUUUUGAGAAUUAAGAAAGCGCCAGAACUGUCAAGAUUGUUUUCUGUUUCUCAUUAUAUCUACAGGACGACUUGAAUUAAGUCUGAGGUUUGUAACAUCAACAGUGAGGAUGAACCCAGCCUGCCACUCUCCUUCCACACUGAGUAGCAACCUACAGUCACUGGGUCCUGAUUGUGACAGUGGGGCCCAGUUUGCUCUGCAGGAUCCAGAGAUGGCAUCAGUGAAGCUAGAAGACUGCAGUCAAACACUGGAGCUGAAUGUCAACAUUAAAGAUGAAGAACAGGAGGAGAAGAUUGGGAAAUCUGUUAGUCAUGGAGACCAUGUUGAGACAUUCUCUACAUCCAGAGAGAAACAGCAGGAAGAUAACAGAGCUAAGAGGUCUCACCACUGCCCACAUUGUGAGGAGAAUUUUCCAAUUCUAUCAAAGCUAAAAGUACACUUAAAAAUACACACAGGAGAGAAUCUGUAUUCCUGUACUGACUGUAGGAAGAGAUUCACAACAUCAAGGGCUCUGACACUUCAUCAGAGAGUGCACACAGGAGAGAAACCUUACUCCUGCUCGUACUGUGGAAAAUGCUUCACAACAUCGUCUGAGUUAACAGUUCAUCAGAGAACACACACUGGAGAAAAGCCUUAUAUCUGCUCUGACUGUGGGAAGAGUUUUUCCCACCUGUGUAACUAUAAAGCACACCAACGUAUACAUGCAGGAGAGAAGCCGUUCUCCUGCUCUGACUGUGGGAAGAGUUUCUCUCAACAGAACCAUUUAAAGUCACACCAACGUAUACACACAGGAGAGAAGCCUUACUUCUGCUCUGACUGUAGGAAGAGUUUUUCCCACCUGUGUAACUAUAAAGCACACCAACGUAUACAUGCAGGAGAGAAGCCGUUCUCCUGCUCUGACUGUGGGAAGAGUUUCUCUCAACAGAACCAUUUAAAGUCACACCAACGUAUACACACAGGAGAGAAGCCUUACUACUGCUCUGACUGUGGGAAGAGUUUCUCUCGAUUGGAUACUUUAAAAUCACAUGAACGUAUACAUACAGGAAAGAAGCGUUACUACUGCUCCGACUGUAGGAAGAGUUUCUCCCACCAGGGUAGCUUAAAAAAACACCAAUGUAUACACACAGGAGAGAAGCCUUACUCCUGCUGUGACUGUGGAAAAAGCUUCACAGCAUCAUUUGAUCUAAAAGUUCAUCUGAGAACACACACUGGAGAAAAGCCUUACAUCUGCUCUGACUGUGGGAAGAGGUUCUCUCAACAGAACCAUUUAAAAACACAUCAACGUAUUCACACAGGAGAGAAGCCUUACUACUGCUCUGUCUGUGGGAAGAGUUUCUCUCAACAGAGUAACUUAAAAACGCACGAACGUAUGCAUAAAGGAGAGAAGCCUUACUACUGCUCUGUCUGUGGGAAGAGUUUCUCUCAACAGAGCAACUUAAAAACACACCAACGUAUGCAUAAAGGAGAGAAGACUCAUCAGUUCUCUCAGACCAGCUAAGAUUAAAUUCACUCCAUCACUUAAUUUUCAUCUCAUUGCUUGACUUGGACUGAAAUAGGUGCCGGAACUGUUUUGUAUUUAGCUUUAAUCAUUCAUAAGUAAAUUAUCUGUUAUAAAAUAUAAAUUGGUAUGUGUUAUUCACUGACAUGUGGACUUAAACUUCAUUGUGUUCUGUGACAUUUUAAUCACUGCGUUGUAGAGACGAUCUCUUUAUCUAUGUAUGUUGCUAUUGUGAGGUUAACACACGUCUAGCAGAUUUAAUUAGUCUGUCAUAGGUUGUUAUUCUAUUCGUAUUAUACGGUUAUUCAUCAGUUCUGCCCCACAAAGGAAAAUGUCAAUAAACUCAGUGAUGCACUU